AUGAUUUCAUAUAUUGUUUUUGGAGAAGGUAUUGAUACUGAAUGUAUUUUACAGAAUAAUUGUGUUGAUAAUGUUAUUUAUCAAUUAAAAAAUUAUGGAGUUAGAUUUGCUAAAACAUCUGGAGAAAUAUGUGAUACAUUUGAUCAAGUUUUUGAUGAAUGCAUGGGAAGAGAUUGUAUUCUUAAUGAACUUGGCUUAUGUUCAGAUGAAGUUGUUUUUGUUGUUCGUGAACCUUCUUAUUAUAGUGAUAUUGUAUAUCUGGAUGAUGAUGAACUUUUAGCAAAUGAUUUAAGAAGAUACCUUCCAUCAAAUGAAUAUGAUGUUGAUCAAACUACUGAUGAUACCUCAAGACUAAAUGUUAAUGAUAAUAAUGAUUUCAGUGGAGAUUUUGAAGGUAGAAAUAACGAAAAUUUUGAUGGAGAACGAAAGAAUGAAACAGAGGAAAGAUCUGGCGAUGAGCCUAGAGAGCAACCACCUGAUGAACCAAAAGAAGAACCUCGAAAUGAACCAACUGAAGAGCCAUCAAAUGAGGAACCAGAAAGUAUUCCAGAUCCUCCAAAAGAUGAUGAUAACAAUACAAAUUUUGACAAGAAUAAAGAAGAUUCUUUAAAUUAG